AUGCGAUUGUUUAAAUCAGCAGACGCAUCGGACAGCAGCAGUAAUGAAAGGAAGGGAAGACACUCUCUCAUUUCUCGAUAUAUGGUGGUCUUUGAUGAAGUCAUAAAUAACAAAGAUGCACGUAAUUGUUUUAAGCGAUUUUUAAAGGAAGAAACUCAUAGCGAAGAAGCGUUGCUGUUUUUGGAAGACAUGAAGUCGUAUAAAAACGAUUACCACAACACAAAAGUAGAAUUUGAAAAGGAUUCAUUCGAAAGGGGAAACAAAUCAACCAUCAAGAUGGUAUAUAAGCUCUAUGAUCAAGCAAAGCGAAUAGUUUAUAACUACAUUGACACCAUUGGAGUCAAAGAACUCAACUUGGGUCAUUUCAAGUCCACCAUAACAAAGAAUUGGGCCAAAAUUGACUAUCAUUUCAAAUCCAUGUUUCCAGAUCAAAUCAUUUGUGACACUGCCAGCAAUACAUCCAAUUCCGCCUCAACUUCGAAAAAUUUAAACACUGACAUUAAGGAUGGACUGACACAAUUAUUUCUCAUGUUGGAACCAACGAAGUUGUUUGAUUCCUGUGAAGUCAACAUUAUUUUAGAUUUGAAAUUGGAUCAAUUUCCUCUCUUUUCUCGUUCCAAAUUAUUGGACAAUUUUUUAAUCGAAAUGGGAGAAACAUUCACUCGAAGCAUUGCCAUUGAUGUUUCAAAAGGGAGAAACAUUGAUGUGAGAUAUAAACCCAAAGAUUUUGAAUCCAGACUCUUGACCGAUAAGGACAUUUAUUUUGCAUUUGCCUUGUGUGAAGAUACACCCGAUUGGCGACUCUGUCUUCAAGAAGAAGGUCUUUGCUUGUAUUAUUCAAAGACAGUCUAUUCUUUUGGAACCUCUAAUCCCCAUGCGCUCAACAAGUAUGUUUUAUCAUUUCCGUAUCCCCUUGAGAAAGUCUAUUCAGUGUUUAGUGAUCGAGAGUCACGACUCAAAAUCGAUGAGGGAAUGAUGUCAAUUUCACAUGCCAUGACCUACCGUCCUCCUCAUCACAGUCAUGCGAGUAACAAUAAGGCGAUUGUGGAGUCAGUGACCGAAGAACGAGAGCAAUUCUAUGAUGAAGAUCAACCACCCCUUGCUCUAACACUUGGAUGUUUUGGAAUGGAUUUAAAACUACCUUGCGUUAAGAAGAGAUUUUGUUGGUUUUCAGAGACUACUAUUUAUGAUCCCUAUGCAGAUUGUAUUGUGACAGUGGGACAUUCCACUCGAUCUUUUUCACAUCCGGAUGAACAAGAAUUAACACGAGGCAAAGUAUUGAUUGAUAUCUUGUAUUGUAAUCUUUUCAUUAGGAUGAAUGAGAAUACCACUCGAUUCAUUCAGACCUCCUACUUUGAUCCAAAACUUCCAAUCACAGAUGGAUUCAUCAUCAAUGCAUCCUUAAAGUCUCGUGCGAGACAUUUCAGAAAGAACUUUCUCAAACUAUUAGAAACGAUUGAUGACAACUCCCCCAUCUUGCAAGCAGAUUCAUUCCAAAGUAAGAAGGCUAUUGCAGACAAUCAGCUCGUCUAUCCUGGACGAUCAUGGUUUCAAGAAUAUGAAUCAAGGAAAAAAGGAGGUGUGACGUUGAAUAAACAAAAUUGA